UCUCAAAUCAUUUUCACACUAAUCAUUCAAUUUUUUUCUUUACGCAUAAUCAUUUCCUUUUGGUUACAAAUCCAUUCAUUUUCAACUUUCUCAAAUCGGAAACACACGUGCUUCUGAAUCUAUAACAUGGCGAUGAACCCUAAUUUUACUUAAAUUCCCAAUUUUUCAUAAAUUUGGAUACCCCAAUUGCGUGUUAGUAUCAAUAUUUCGACAAAAAAAUGGAUCACGAAACCCCUUUGUUAUCUUCCAAAAGAGCUUCAAAGCUUCAAACUUUAGGGAAUAUCAUCGUUACUGUAGUUGGAACUGGUGUUUUGGGUUUACCCUUUGCUUUUCGGAUCGCCGGUUGGGUUGCUGGUUCGCUUGGUGUUGCUAUCGUUGGCAUUUCUACCUAUUAUUGCAUGCUUCUACUUGUUUGGUGCAGAGAUAAGUUGGCAUCAGAAGAACCAUUAGUGGAAUCAAGAUCGUAUGGAGACCUGGGUUAUAGAUGCUAUGGAAUAUUGGGUCGGUAUCUGACAGAAUUUAUAAUUGUGGUAGCACAAUGUGCAGGAGCUAUUGCGUAUUUGGUAUUUAUUGGGCAAAACCUUGAUUCUGUUUUCCAAAAAUAUGGACCCUCACUUGCCUCCUACAUAUUUAUGCUAGUACCAGUUGAAAUUGGGAUGUCAUGGAUAGGCAGCUUAUCAGCUUUAGCACCAUUUAGCAUUUUUGCUGAUGUGUGCAAUGUCCUAGCUAUGGGAAUUGUAGUGAAGGAAGAUGUACAAGUGGCCUUAGAGGAUGGGUUUUCGUUUAGAGAAAGGACGGCAAUCACGUCAAACAUUGGGGGGUUGCCAUUUGCAGCAGGCAUGGCUGUUUUUUGUUUUGAGGGGUUUGGAAUGACACUUGCCCUAGAGAAUUCUAUGAAGGAUAAAGCUAAAUUCCCAAAAUUGCUGGCUCAGACUUUUAGCGGGAUAACACUCGUAUACAUUCUUUUUGGGUUAUGUGGUUACAUGGCUUUUGGUGAAGAAACUAGAGACAUUGUGACCCUUAAUCUCCCUAGGAGCUGGUCAUCUCUUUCCGUACAGGUAGGAUUGUGCCUGGGGCUUAUGUUCACAUUCCCAAUCAUGUUACACCCAAUUAAUGAGAUUGUAGAAGGAAAACUCAAAAUCAUACGCAGAAACAAUAAUGAUUCAAUAAGACUAGGAAAAAUUACAGUAUACAUCAGUCGUGCUAUUGUGGUGGUUGUGCUGGCUGUCAUAGCUUCAUUUGUGCCAGAAUUUGGUGUAUUUGCCUCAUUUGUGGGGAGUACCUUGUGUGCAAUGCUUUCUUUUGUUUUGCCAGCCACAUUUCACCUAAAAUUAUUUGGCUCUUCUCUAUGCCUCUGGCAAAAGGUCCUUGAUUAUAUUGUGUUAAUCAGUGGAUUAUUUUUUGCUGUUUAUGGAACUUACAACACAAUUGUUGGAAUUUGAUGCAUAUAUUGUAGAGAUACAUUUAUUUACUCCUGUUUAAGCUUUUAUACAACUCAAACAGUGAUUUUAUGUAUCAUAAAUAAGUGUCAGUUAAUGAAAGUGGCUUAUUUUAUAAUUCA